AUGAUGAAUUUUUCAAAUAAUGUUAAUAUACCAUUUGAAAAUGAUAAAGAAAAAAAAAUUAAGAGAAGUAUAAUACAUGAUGAAAUAAAUGAAGUUACUAGAAAUGAAAAAAAAUAUGUAUUUAAUGAAAAUAACAAUUCAAUAAAUAGAGGCAUUAAUGAUUUUUGUAAUGAAAAUGUGAAUGAUGAAAACUUCAAUCAUUCUUUCAUAAGUAAGGAUUUUAUUAAGAACAUAGGUAUUUGUUAUAACAUUAUUAAUGAUAACACAAUAUUUGAAAAAGAUUCAAGUUUUACUAAAAUAUCAAAUAUAAUAGAAUUUCGUAUUAAGCAAAUAAUUGAAGAAGCAAAUAAAUUUUUUGAAAAAAGAAAAAAAUAUUGUGUAAAUAAAUUUUUAAAUAUUGAUGAUUUUACAAAUUCCUGUCACUAUUUAAAUGUAACAAUCCCAUAUAAGUAUAAGAAUAAUUUUUAUUAUAAAUUUAUAACGUUAAAUGAAACAUUCAAAAAUAAUAAAGUUAUAUAUAGGUUAAUUUCUAAGAAAAAUUUUAAAAAUAAGUUAAAAAAAAAAAAAAAACAUAUUUAUUUGCUAAAAAAAAAAAAGAAAAAAAGAAAAAAUUCAAAUGAAGAACUAAAAAAAUUUAAGAAUAAAAAAGAGGACAAUAAUAAAACAAAUUUUAAACAAUUAUAUGAUUAUAAAAAAGAAAAAAAAAUUAAGGAAGGAUUAAAUAAAGACAAAAAAAAGAAAAUUAAAAGUGAAAAAAACAAAAUUAAGAAUAUAAAAAAAAAAUUUAUAAAAAAAGAACUAUAUGAAAAGCAUUUUCAAAAAAGUGUUGAAUGCUUUAUCAAAGAAAAAGAUGAAAAUGAUAUAGAAGAGAAGAAAAAAAAAAUUGUAAACAUUAAGAAUGAGGAAGAAAAUGAAGAAGAAAAAAGGAAAAAAAAAAAGAGAGAAAAGGAAAAAGAAAAAAUAAAAAGAAAAAUGAAGAAAGAUAAGUUGAAAAAUGAUGAUUCAGAAAAUCAAAAAGAAAGGGAUGAUGAAAAUAAAAUAAAAGAGGAAAUAAAUAUUAUUAGUGAAAAAGAUAAAAUGAAAAAAAGAGAAAAUAAUAAUAUUAGUAGAAAAAAAGAUGAAAGAGAGAUAAACGAAAUAUAUAAUGAAGAAAAAGAAGAAAAUAUAGAAGGGAAAUAUAGGGAAAAUGGAAAUUAUUACGAUAAAAAAGAAGAACUUAACAUUUAUAAAGAUAUAAGCAAUGAUGAUUAUAUAAAAUGUUUUGGUAUAAAAACUGAACUAGAAGAAAACAAAGAAUUAAAAUACAAAGAAAGUAAUGAAAUUGAGAAUGAAGAAAAAUUAAUAAUAAGUAAUAAUUUUAAUAAUGACAAUGAUAGAAAUGUUUGUGAUAUAAAAGAAGAAUACAAAGACAAAGAUAAUAAUAAUAAUAAUGAUCAAGUGAAAUUAUUUGAAGAAAAAAAAAUAACUGAAAAUUGUGAUAUUAUUAAAUAUAGCGAAAAUAAUGAUAUAUAUAGUGAAGAAAUAGUAAAUAAAACUAAAACAAGUAAUAAUGAAAUUAACUUAAAUGAAAAUGAUAAAAUAGAUGAAAAAAAAAAGGAAGAAAAUAAAAAAAAAAAAAAUUCCAAGAUCUUGACAAUUAAAAAAAAAAAAACUUUAGAUAUGAAGAUAAGCAAAGAAAAUAAUUUACUUUAUAAUUCUUAUAUAAACAAUAAUGAAAAUAAAAAAAAAUCAAUUCUAAACUUUAUACUAAGUGAUAUGCAAAAUAGUUUACCUGCUGAACCUAAUUUAACAAUAUUUUGGUUAUUCAUACAAAACAAUUAUAAGAAAAAAAAGAAAGAUAAAAAUACAGGAAGAAAAGCAUGUUAUUUUAAUUAUCAGUGUUAUGAAAUAUUAUAUGCAAUAGAAAAAAAAAAUGAACAUAAAAAAAAGAAGAAAGAUGAUAUAUUAAAUCAUCAUUAUUUUAAAUAUAAUAAUAUUUUUUUAUUACCGAAAUUUUAUCCAAUAAAUAAAGAAUACACCAUUUUAUCAAAAUAUAUUCUAGAAAUAAUAAAAGAUAUAAUUAAUUAUCGAAUCAAUUUUUUUGAUUAUAAUAAUAUUUUACAUAUAUUUAGUACAUCAAAAGAAAUUAAUAAAAUUUUAACAAAUAUUUUAUUCUUUAUUUUUAAUGAAUUAGAUCAUAAUUUACGCUUCAAUAAUAUAUAUGCAUCAUUGAUGUUAUUAAUAUUAUUAAGUGGAAUAAUUAAAAAUAGCAACAUUGAUAUUGAUUUUUAUUGUUUGCAAAUAUUGAAAAUGUUAAUUCAUGUGAUAAUUUAUGAGCAUGAAUUAAAAUUAAAAAACAUUUAUUCUAUUUUGUUAUUAAAGAGAAAAGCUUGUGAUAUUAUAAAUGACUUUUGUUGUAUACUGAGGAAAAAAAAUAAUAAUGAAAUUAUAAAUAUUGAUUCUUAUUUAAUUUAUAUAUCAAGCAAAUUACUGACACAUGAGAAAUGCACAUAUAUGCAUAUAUAUAUAUCUUAUUACCUAAUUUAUUUAAUGCCUAUAAAUAUUCACAUAAAGUUUUUUUUAUCUUUUACACCAAAUUUUUUAUCUAUAUUUUUUAGAAAGUAUUUAUAUUAUCAAAAUAAUUAUAAUUCUUUUUUAUCUUAUGAGCAAAAAGAAAUGAACGAGUUAUUUAAUUUUUUUUUUUUUCAUAUCUAUACACUUAUACAAGGAUCACUUUAUAGAAUAUUUAAAAAUAUCAGUAUAUUAAUUAUUAAUUCCUCAUUAUCAAAUUACUUAAAUUACUUAUUAAAUUUCAUUAUUGAUUAUGCAGAUUAUCAUUUGCCAUUAAUACUAUCAAUUUUAAAAGUAUUAUGUAAAAACACAUCAGCCAAUAAAAAUAUAAAUUUUUUUUCUGAAAAAAAACAUUUUUUUGAUAUUAUAACUAUAAAAAAUUAUGCAUAUAAUAAGCAUAAUUUAAAAAAAAAAAAAAAUUAUUUAAAGAAUGUGCAGGAAAUCAAUAAUUUCUAUAUAAAUGAGGAAAAUAGUGAUCAAGGUGAUAAUUAUUUAGAAGAUUAUUUGAAUGAUGAAGAUUUAAGUCAAAAUGGAAAUCAUAGUAUAAAUGAUAAAAAACAAUAUUUUAAUGAAUAUAUUAAGAAAAGAGCUUUAUUAAAUAAAACAUUAUUAAAAAAAAAUCUUGAAAAAAAUCAGUUAAAGACAAAUAUUACUGUUAAUAAUGUUUUAAAUAAAAUUUUAAAUAAGUUUGAAAAUAAUACGAAAUCGUCAUAUUUAUCAAAUAAGUAUGAUUUAGAAGAUUUUUUAUAUGAAUCAUCUUAUUAUUUUUUAUAUACAUUUUAA